GAAAGUCAAGCAGUCACAUGUAGAGACACACAGACAACAUUCAGCAUCAAGAAGAUCAACAGAGCUGCUGUGAAGCUGAACUCAAGUCACAAUGAACAUCCUCCUCAUCUUCACUUUCUUCAUCAUCUCAGGUGCUGUGAGAUGCUUCGAUGUGAUUGGAUAUUCUGGAGGAAGUGUUCUUGUGGAUUCACAGAAACCAUGGCACAAAAAUAGUGCUAAAUAUAUGCAUGCACAUGACCAGUGGGAAAUGAUAAUAAAAAGGAAUAAACAAGAUCAGUGGAUUGCUGAAGGGAGAUUUACUUUGUAUUGUAACGAUGGACACUUGAUGAUCUACAUCAGAGAUGUUAACACACAGGAUUCUGGAACAUACCGGAUCGGGGUUGAUGGUCAAUGGUACAUUGAUAUUUCUUUAGAUAUAAAAGAAGAUUUAUGUUGUGGGGCGUCACAGACAGUGAUGGUGAAUACUGGACAAACUGCAUACUUCACCUGUCAAUAUUCAAAAGAUUAUAGAAUUUAUGACAAGAUAAUGUACAGAGAAAGAAAAGAAUAUGUUGAGGUGAUUUACAGCACAUGGCAGAAGGAUGAGCGAUUCAGUAUUUCUGAUAAAAAAUAUAAGAAUCUCUUCAGUGUGAAAAUGAUUGAUAUGGGAUUUGAAGAUGCAGGAGUUUAUUUAUGCGGAGUUUGGCGUGACAGAGUCUCCUACAGUUACUCCAUUCUUACUGCUGUUCAUCUUCACAUUAUGAUGCCUCCAGUGUUUGGAGAUGAAGGAGGAUCUGCUCAGAUCAUUUGUCCUUAUGAUCACAUCUAUAAAUCAAAGACAAAAAAACUGUUGAAGAGUUGUACAGAUAAAAUACUCUCAUGGAGAUGAACAGAUGGAGUGUAAAUGAUGACAUGACAGCAAGUGUGUUUAGUGUGAACAUCACUGGACUGACAGCAGAGGAUGCUGGGAAAUACUGCUGUGC